AUUUUCACUUAAAAAAAAAAAAAGUAGGUUAGACUAAAGUAAACAUUUCCAGAUUUCCAGAUUUGCCUGCUUGACUCUCCAUGUUCUUUUUUAAAAUGCUAUUUUUAGUAAUGAUUACAGGUCUUAAAAAACGAAUCAUAUCUGGACUGGCUGUAAAAUCUCAGAUGAGAUUAAAGUGCUGCUAAAUCGCCCGAAAAACACGGAAUUCCCUUACAGAAAACUGAUCCCUAAAACGGAAGAGACCUCCUCCCAAACCGUUACCUCCUCAAUCGUGAAAUCCACUAUGUUCCCACCGCCCAACCAGAUUCAACCCCCGUUCCCAAACUCCUUCCCCCGCCCCAAAUCUUCCUUAUUCCCCCUCCAAGAUGGAGGCGCUGGAGGUUUUGGGGGGCUACCCGACCAAGCCCUUAAACCCGAGAGCCCGAAUGGUCAGGGUUCUACUGAGUAUGACGGUGUGCAUGGGAUGUUUAUUAAUGCUACAUAGUUUUCUCAAAAUAUCCAAGUCCAGGAAGCCGCAAGAUUUCUAUUCUUUUGAGGUGAAGGACGCCAGAGGGAGAAGCGUUUCUUUGGAGAGAUACCGAGGCAAAGUAAGUCCACAUCAGCAAGACUCAACGAGUAGACUAACCCUGUCUACUGCAAAAGCGUCUCUGGUUGUCAACGUGGCGAGCCACAGCGAACACACUGCGAUGAACUAUCGCUCUCUGCAGGAGCUGCACCGGGAAUUAGGUACGUCCCAUUUCAACGUCCUGGCUUUUCCCUGCGGCCAGUUCGGGGAGACCGAGAUGGGGGCCAGUCGGGACAUCGAGGCCUACGCCAAGAACACCUAUGGCGUCACCUUCACCAUCUUCAGUAAGGUCAAAAUCAUGGGUUCGGAGGCGGAGCCAGCCUUCAAAUUCAUAACAGAUUCUGUGAAGAAGGUUCCGAAGUGGAACUUCUGGAAGUUCCUGGUGAACCCUGAAGGCCAGGUGGUGAGGUUCUGGAAGGCAGAGGAGCCCGUCGACAGCGUUCGUCAGGAGGCCAUAACCAUGGUGCGUCAGAUUAUUCUAAAGAAAAGGACAGAGCUCUGACGGGAUGGCGAGGAGUGGAAUAAGGACACCUCUGAUGGUUUCAGAGUUUGAAUUAAAGGUUAUGAGGUAUUAAUUAAGAUAAAGUCAACUCUGUUGUUAGGUGCUGAGUGGUGACUUUAGGGCUAGUGCCUUGUGGUAUGGGAAAGGAUUUGCCAUUAUUUUUUCUGAAGAUGAAGACUGAAGAUGAUGACUAUUGCAAUAAGAGAUUAAAGGGUGUGUGUGUUAUGCCACUAAGAGGGUGACACUGACAUUUCCUGACAACCACCAGGUCCAUAGUGAAUUCCCUGACAACAACCAGGUCCAUAGUGAAUUCCCUGACAACCACCAUGUCCAUAGUGAAUUCCCUGACAACCACCAUGUCCAUAGUGAAUUCCCUGACAACCACCAGGUCCAUAGUGAAUUCCCUGACAACCACAAUGGCUUGUUAAACCAGUAUAAUCACCUCAAAGAACCACUAUUAUGUGUAACAUAGAUAUGUCUGAUUUAAAGCAGGUUGUUACUUGUUUUGUCAUUGCCAGAUUAAAAGACUGUUCUUUAAA